CCUCGCCCGGCUCCGGUGCGUGCUGUGCCCCCCCACAUCCAUCACCCAUCCCCAGCCGCUGCGGACCCCCCCCCGGAGCCAUGGCCCCCAUCGGACUCAAGGCUGUGGUGGGAGAAAAGAUCAUGCACGAUGUGAUCCGGAAAGUGAAGAAGAAGGGAGAAUGGAAGGUGCUGGUGGUGGACCAGCUCAGCAUGCGGAUGCUCUCCUCCUGCUGCAAGAUGACCGACAUCAUGACCGAAGGCAUAACAAUUGUGGAAGACAUCAACAAGCGCCGGGAGCCACUGCCCAGCCUGGAGGCCGUGUACCUCAUCACCCCCUCUGAGAAGUCCAUCCACUCCCUCAUCAAUGACUUCAAGGAUCCUCCCACCUCCAAGUACAGAGCUGCCCAUGUCUUCUUCACUGACUCCUGCCCUGAUGCCCUCUUCAAUGAGCUGGUGAAGUCCCGUGCUGCCAAGGUCAUCAAGACCCUGACGGAGAUCAACAUUGCCUUCCUCCCUUCCGAGUCCCAGGUUUACUCCCUGGAUUCAGCUGACUCCUUCCAGAGCUUCUACAGCCCACACAAGGCACAGAUGAAGAACCCAAUCCUGGAGCGCCUGGCAGAGCAGAUCGCCACCCUCUGCGCCACGCUGAAGGAGUACCCGGCCGUGCGGUACCGGGGGGAUUACAAGGACAAUGCCAUGCUGGCUCAGCUCAUCCAGGACAAGCUGGAUGCUUACAAAGCUGAUGACCCCACCAUGGGCGAGGGUCCGGACAAGGCUCGUUCCCAACUUCUCAUCCUGGACCGUGGCUUUGACCCUGCGUCCCCGGUGCUCCAUGAGCUGACUUUCCAAGCCAUGAGCUACGACCUGCUGCCCAUCGAGAACGAUGUCUACAAGUACGAGACCAGUGGCAUUGGGGAAGCCCGGAUUAAGGAGGUUCUCCUGGAUGAGGAUGACGACCUGUGGGUCACCCUGCGCCAUAAGCACAUCGCCGAGGUGUCCCAGGAGGUGACCCGGUCCCUGAAGGAGUUUUCUUCCAGCAAGAGGAUGAACACAGGCGAUAAGACCACCAUGAGGGACCUGUCCCAGAUGCUGAAGAAGAUGCCGCAGUACCAGAAGGAGCUGAGCAAGUACUCAACCCACCUUCACCUGGCUGAGGACUGCAUGAAGCACUACCAGGGCACGGUGGACAAGCUGUGCCGAGUCGAACAGGACCUGGCCAUGGGCACCGAUGCAGAAGGAGAGAAGAUCAAGGACCCCAUGAGGGCCAUUGUCCCCAUCCUGCUGGAUGGGAAUGUCAGCACCUAUGACAAGAUCCGCAUCAUCUUGCUCUACAUCUUCCUGAAGAAUGGUAUCACUGAGGAGAACCUGAACAAGCUGAUCCAGCACGCUCAGAUCCCAGCUGAGGACAGCGAGAUCAUCACCAACAUGGCCCACCUUGGGGUGCCCAUCAUCACAGACUCCACCCUGCGCCGCCGGAGCAAGCCGGAGCGGAAGGAGCGGAUCAGUGAGCAGACCUACCAGCUCUCCCGAUGGACCCCGGUCAUCAAGGACAUCAUGGAGGAUGCCAUUGAUGACAAGCUGGACACCAAGCACUACCCGUACAUCUCCACCCGCUCCUCCGCCUCCUUCAGCACCACUGCUGUCAGUGCCCGCUAUGGCCACUGGCACAAGAACAAGGCCCCUGGCGAGUACCGGAGUGGUCCCCGCCUCAUCAUCUUCAUCCUGGGCGGUGUGAGCAUGAACGAGAUGCGCUGCGCCUACGAGGUGACACAAGCCAGCGGCAAGUGGGAAGUGCUAAUAGGGUCCACGCACAUCCUCACCCCACAGAAACUGCUGGACACGCUGAAGAAACUCAAUAAGACAGAGGAGGAAAGCAGCAGUUAAAAGGAAGCGCUGCCGCCGCCACCACUCGAUGCCGAAUCCAACCUUCCCCAUGGGUGCAAGCAGCACCCGGCCCUGGCUUUCGAUCUUGUUCUUGUGUUGAUUCCCCCCCAUUCCCCUCCCAGCGCUUUCCCAAUCUCAUUUUAUCCACAGGGAGGGGACAACAGCCAAAAAGGAACCCAUUAACCCCGAUGCGUUGCGUUGAAAAGAGGAAAAGAACCCAAAUUCUCUCUCUCUUUGUAGCUGCAGCUAUUGGGAGCACCCAGGAGCUCGUCACUGAGUGCCCCAUCAACCCACUGCUGGCCUUUUUCCCAACGCUUCUCCAGGGAAUGUGGUUCCAUGCAGAUGGAUAAUGGGUGACCCCCCCCCCCAUGGCUCCAGCUCGGCUUGGCUCUGCCUGCCCUUCCUGUUAUGGGGUGGUGGGUGCUCCUGCCAGAUGUGCACGCCAACAUCUGGCACGGAGGGCGGUGGGGGUAAUCAGGCUGCACCCGAGAUGCUUCAUGCUGUGGCAAUUCCCAUGUGAAAAGGGACCAAAAUGGUCAAAACCUGGAGAUGGGGCUUGUUUGCUUGUUUGGCUGCUCCUCUGCCCUGCUGCAGCCCCCCCUUCUCUGGGCCUCUCUAUAUAUAUAGGAAGAGAGAUAUAUAUGAUAGAAUCCCUGGAUUUUUACAUAUGUAUCUCCCUCUCCAUCCAUCCCCAUGGAAGUUGGCACUCCCAUGCCCGGCUCCUUGUGUCAUCCCAUGGUGAAGCAUCCCUGAGCGUGCCGUCACCCCGAGGCCCCCCCCCCCAGACUCUGUGUAUAUUAAUGACUGUGUCUGUGAUGUUCUUACAAGCUUGGUGUAUAGUGAUUUACCCAAACCUCGGGUUUUUAGUUGGUUUUUAUUGCCCCCCCCUCCCUCUUCCCCUGCCGUUAGGUGCACUGCAAUAUUUUGGGGUCCAUCGUUUUGUUCUUGAAGGCUGUGACCCCCCUUUUCCUUCCCUUAAAUCUCUCUUUCUUGCCUCGUUGGUGGUUCCCCCCCCCCAAAUCCUUUCCUUCCCCAUCUAUUCCUUGCCCAUAAAGUUAAAUAUAUAUUUUUAGGGCAAAGGCUGUAUCAUUGCACUGAUCUUUGUUGGUCCCUCCUUGGUCCUCCCUCCCUGUUUGAGUUCCUUGGUUUUAGCAAUGCAAAUGCUUCAGGAUCUUGUAUGUUGGACAUUAUUAUUAUUAUUAUUUUUUCUGUUAACAGUUAUUUAUAUAAAAAAUAAUUUAUCAAAAAGGAAAACUUUAAAAAAAAAAAGAAUUAAUCUAGUCUGUCUUGGACCUUGUUUACCUUGGAAUUACUGGAAUCUAAAUGUUGGAAAGUGUUGAAGCACAAACAUGUAUCAUCUCUGUAUAUCUGUUCUUCUGUACUAAAGCACUCGAGUGACUCAAUAAAAGCGAUCUCCAUCCCUAGUGCAA